AUGCUUCGACAAGGAUCGCCUCUCAAGGUGAACUUGUGGUCUCACAACAUCCUGCAAUCUCGCGAUGGACCGUUUUCUGUCCUUCGGGUCCGUCGAUGCCUUGGCAGUGUCGACACGGGCUCCCCAACAUCCGUUCCUGGAGGAAAUGACAUCGGUGGGUACGUUGACACCUUCAUCAAGCAAGUUGACGAGCAUUGGACGUUCAUAGCCAAACCAGAACACAUGCGAGGCAUACUCCAGAACGAUCGACGCUGCCAACCGACGCAUCGAAACCUACCAAAAGAUGUCCUUCUUCGUUUUGCUCUGGCGGAAGAUGAAAAUGGAGAAGCUUGGGUGAUUCCAGACUCAAACGCUGUAUAUCCUGGUCGUGGAAUGCGCGUGUUACCAAGUUAUGCGGCACUGGAAAUGUGUGCGCAAUCUCGAAGUUUCACAAAUAGUUUCAAGCGUCCUCACGUACGAUUACCCCUUGGGAUUGAAGAUUACGUCGAGGCACAAUUGAAACGCCACACUCAACUGGCGCUCGCACAAGCAUUAUCUGUGGCUUCCUCUGUGAAGCGCAUCGGAAGAAUAAAUCGAACAACACAGAACGCGAAGCAAAGAACUCAACAGUUAACGUCGUUCGUGGCGUUUUUGAGCGAAGCUGUAUCGGAUUCAAUCGCAGGACACGAGAAGGGCUUGCGCACAAUCGAUACGAGCGAGUUGUGUACGAACAUUUGGCUUCUCAACCAAUCCGAUCGCAUGAUUGAAGAUUCACCGGGGAAUACCGGGAAAUUUUAUGUUGGCGAGAGUACCUUUGCGCGAUCCUUCCACGCGCUCAGCGUUGAUGAAAUUUUAGCGUCAAUAGAGCUACCGGAAGCGGAGAGAUUUCGACAGUCUCGAAGUAAUUACGAAACGCUCAAAGACGCCUUUAUGCGGUCGAAGCUGAAUAAUGAGAAGUCAUCCGAUGAUGGAAAUGAUAAUAACAAUGUCAUCGCUGUUGAGGGAGUGUCAAAUGACGUGUCGUCGCGCUUAUCACAAGCGCAGCUACGAUUGAAGUACUUUCGUGAAUCACUUGCCAAUGCGCCUAAUCGAGGUACGUUGACGAUCAAGGAGCGCAGAAGAAGCAAAAGGAACACGUAG